AUGGGGUAUGAACUCUCUCGACAUACUCUCACACCCAUCGGAAAGUUUGACCUACCCGACAUCCGCUUCGAUCAUGUUCACCUCAAUAUCGUCGGCUCCCUACCUCUAUCGCCCGGGUACCGUUACCUACUCACUGCUGUGGACAGGUACACCAGGUGGCCCGAAGCUACGCCCAUGACGGACAUGUCAGCCGAAACGCUGCUCGGCACCACCAGGCUUCGCACCACGUCAUACCAUCCUGCAUCAAACGGCCUCGUCGAGCGCCUUCACCGUCACCUGAAGACCGCGCUCAUUGCUCACGAGGACCGUGACAAUUGGGUAGACCACUUACCUCAGAUGCGCCUGGGCAUCCGUGCCGCCCUGAAGCCCGACCUAGGCUGCAGCUCCGCCGAACUAGUUUACGGGUCUACUCUUCGGCUCCCUGCAGAUUUCUUCGUCCCUCCACAACACCCGCCCACCCCCGCGGAGUACCUCCAACGCCUUCAACGUUUCUUUGCCUCCCUUCGGCCGGAUCCCACCCGCACAGACUCCUCCCGCAAGGCCCACGUCCCGCAGGAGCUCGCAACAGCGACGCACGUUUUCCUCCGCACAGACGCCGUCCGUCGGGCGCUCACGCCUCCGAAUUCAGGGCCACACACCAUCCUCAGCAGGGGCGAAAAGACAUUCCGCAUAUCGAACCGCGGAAAACCUGAAACUGUCUCCGCUGACAGAAUCAAGCCGGCCUUCGUGGAAAGCCCUGCCAUUGCGGCCUGCUCAGCUCCAGAAGACGUCUCCGCCGCCCCACCACGGGCACCUACCCCCACGUCGCCAUCCCCCACACUCUUAAAAAUGAACUCCACCGCAUAG